AUGCCUUGCUGUAACCUGCUUUUGGAGGAGUCGUGCAAGGAUGCCGUGAAGGGCAUCGGAUAAACUAUUCCUUGAAGUUUGAAUAUAUGAUGUUAACGCACCCCGCAUUUGAUGCUGUCUUGUAGUUUAUUUAUCCUACCAGUGGUGGAUGUCACAUGUGAAUAAAAGAAUGUACCUGCAGCCAAGCGUGGAUACAGCUCAAUGGCUAAAGCAUUUUAGAAAAGAAGAAAAAAAAUAGAGAACCUUAGAAAGCGAAAAGGGGAAAUUAAUUCUGUGAAGGCUCUAGUCUCUAGCAAAGAAACAAAGGAUGUCAACACUAAGGAGGACAACGGUCAACAGGACAACCGGUACACGUGACUUGAAAUGGGACGCCGACCCAUGAGAUUUAUGUGAUUGUAGUUUUUUUCCAAGUCCAGCAGUCCUGCCCCAACCAUAAGUAGAGGUUUCUCUAUCGUGAUUGCACACGCCUUGUCCUUGGUGGCUGGUGCCUCUGCUAUUCCUCCUCUGGAGCCCUCUCAGUCUCAGCUCAGCUGCGGGCCUGCGACUGCCAUGGAUUCCAAAGCCAUGGAGGAGUCUCUGCCCAGUCAGGCCCCCAUCUUCAUGAAUCAGGCUCCUCCACAUAUGUCUAGACCAUCGAUUGUUCUCAAGCUUAUUUUGGGCUUGCUCUGGGGCAUCAUCCAUUUGGCAAUCAGCCUUUUUAAUUUAUGGUCUUUUCUGAUUUACAAUCUAGAAUGCUAUCUUAUUUCGUCUGGGUUGUUGCGGAAGUAUCAGUAUCUCCACCUGGAUAGACUGAAGUACUUGGCCAUCGUGGUAGAUAGCAAGGAAGCUAAAAAUACCGUGAAGAUCAGGCAGCUAUUGUGCUGGCUCUCAACUAUGGGUGUGAAGUAUAUAUGUCUCUACGACAUUGAGGGAGUCCUGAAGAAAUCAUUUGAACCGGCUAUGACGGGCUCAAGAGAUGGGAAGGCAGGAGAGUAUUUGGAUAUUGGUUCAAGCAUCAACUAUUCACACUCUAGCCACAAAGGUAUGGCGAUAGAGUGCCUUUCUGGUUCUGAUGGCAAAGAGGGUAUUGCUAAAGCAGCCAAUUUACUUUGCUCAACUUACUUAAAUGGUGCUACUCAUGGAAAUGGCAAAAGGGAGCCAACAUUUACAGAAGUUGACAUGGCCAGUGCGCUGAAAGCUAUAGGUUGUGGUGGACCAGAACCUGAUCUUCUUCUCAUGUAUGGUCCUGCUAGAUGUCAUUUAGGCUUUCCUGCAUGGAGAUUACGGUAUACUGAAAUUAUGCAUAUGGGACCAUUAAAAUCAAUGAGAUACGGUGCCAUUGUGAAAGCUUUAUACAACUUCUCAAAGAAAUACCAAAAUUAUGGUAAAUGAGAGUUGAUACGGUUGCAGUGAAGACCCCUAAUAGUUUUCCCCCUCCUUUUUUCUGCCGCCGAGUAUACUACCAAGUUCAUCGCUACACCCCCACUUUGUAUUUCCCUGACAAGAUCAGAAGCGUCACCGACAAAAUAUACGGGAUCAGAUCCCUUUGUAAAAAUUUUGUCGACAGUAAUGAUUAAUGAAGCUGCCCUCGAGCACAUGAGCGAGUUAAAAUCGAGAUGGAUACUCUUUGUGCCUGCCUCUCUGCCCUGUAUCGGUAUGCUGAACUGCCGACAGCAUGUGGUGUUUUGACUUUGGAGAGCUUUGAACAGUAUCCAUUCGACUACUACGAAUUCUACUGAUGGCAAUGGCUCACUUUCA